CCUGAGCGCGUGGAGCACCAAGCGAUGGAGACUAUCUGGAUCUACCAGUUCCGCCUCAUCGUGAUCGGGGACUCCACAGUGGGCAAGUCGUGCCUCCUGCACCGCUUCACCCAGGGCCGCUUCCCAGGGCUGCGCUCCCCUGCCUGCGACCCCACGGUUGGCGUCGACUUCUUCUCGCGCCUACUGGAAAUUGAGCCCGGCAAGAGGAUCAAGCUGCAGCUCUGGGACACGGCGGGGCAGGAGCGCUUCAGAUCAAUAACUCGAUCCUAUUAUCGCAACUCAGUUGGUGGAUUUUUAGUAUUUGACAUUACUAACCGACGGUCUUUUGAACAUGUGAAAGAUUGGCUGGAAGAAGCGAAAAUGCACGUACAGCCUUUUCAUAUUAUAUUUCUCCUGGUGGGACACAAAUGUGAUUUAGCAUCACAACGUCAGGUGUCAAGGGAAGAAGCCGAGAAACUAUCGACAGACUGUGGGAUGAAAUAUAUAGAAACCUCAGCAAAAGAUGCUACAAAUGUUGAGGAGUCCUUCACAAUCUUGACAAGAGACAUAUAUGAACUUAUUAAGAAGGGAGAGAUUUGUAUUCAGGAUGGCUGGGAAGGGGUUAAAAGUGGUUUUGUUCCAAAUACUGUGCAUUCUUCUGAGGAGGCAGUUAAGCCCAGGAGAGAGUGCUUCUGCUGACUGCAACAUGCCAAAGAACUGUCGUAUACAGGCCAAGACGCUUCUGGAUACAUGUCCACAUUUACAGCAGAACAUCACAAAGCAUCCAGACCCACGGUAGCAUCGUGAGCUGCUGGCUACAGCGCUCUCUGCUCACCAGCUACACCGACAGAUAGGAGGGAAAGCAGACAGCCUUCUUUCUGAAACCAGUGUCUACAGAAUUACACCCACUCUCACUUUCUUAGCAUAUAGCUGACUUUAGUGUCCAGAUGUGUCAGUAUUAUUCAUCUUUCUUGACAAUUGAAAUUGGAUUUUUUUGUAUACACGUAGUCUGUCUGAAAAUAAAUGUGUCAGGAUUAUAUUCUCCUCAGUCAAUUAGUAUUAAAUAUAAAGUGCACUUGAAGGGCCGACGAGAUGACUCAAUGGAUAAAGAAGCUUGCCACCAAAUCUGCAGACCUGAGUCUGAUCUCUGGAACCCCUGUGGUGGAAAGAAAGAACCCAUUUCACUUGAAAUUGUCCCCUGGCCUCAACACGCACACCACCAUACAUGUGCUCACACAAAUACACACGAGUGUGUGCAGCAACAUACACCAAAUAAUAUGAAAGAUGCAUAAGGUACAUCCUGCAGGCUGGGGCCAUAGCUCAGUGCUAGAAUGUUUCCUUAGUUUCUGAAAACCUAGAUCCAAUCCCAGCAUCAAAACUGGAGGGGGGCCUGGCUGUGGUGGCUCUCGCCUUUAAUCCCAGCACUCAGGAGGCAGAGGCAGGAAGAUCUCUGUGAG